AUGGUUUUAUAUUCAGCAAAAAUUUGGCAAUUGAAUUUAUUUUAAUAAAAUGCAGGUGAUUAUUACAUAAUGCUGUUCAACUAUAAAAAAACUUUGGUAGAAGAUUUUAUUAACCUAAUAGUAGAAGAGACAAGAACAAUGAUUAAAUAAAUGAAAAGUGAGCAGUUGAACAACAAAAUUAAGGAAAAUUAAAGAAGAAUUGAUACCUUUAGACAAAUUCAACUGUAAGUUAAAGGAACAAAAGUAUCCAUUGAUAACACAAUUGAAAAAAUCUCAAGUAAUAUAUAAUAAAAAAUUUAACUAAUGGAGAAAGAAUUAGAAAACUCAGAAUCAAAAACUCAACUCACUUCGUUUGAAGAUGAUGUUAAUAUUUUAUCGAAAAAUUACGAGGAUCAUUCAGCUUUGAAGUACCAAAAGAAUUAGAAUAUAUACCAAAAGAAUUAGAAUAUAUAUUGGUGACAAUUAAUUGUAUUGAUUCCAUAUAACAAUAGUUGCAGGUAAUUAUAAAAUGCCCAUAAUUCGUCUAAAUCAAUGAAACAUUAGAAAAAACUAAAGUGGAAGAAAAAACUAAAGAAAUUAAAUAACUUUAAGUUCUUUCAAAAAAGGAGGAAGAUACAUAAGUAAUAAUAAUCAUAUUACUAAAUCAAAGGGAAAGUACAACUUAGUGAUAUCUGAAAUAAUUAAUAAAGUUAAAUCUUAAAACUCAAUGUAUUCGCUGAAUGAAUGUAAUGGAUUCAAUUAAAAUAUAAUUUUUGAAAUGACAG